CUCGUCGGUCCUCUUUGGCCUCUUUCCUCGGGGAUCCAGAUUUAACUCCCCCUCCCCUCUCGCCUUCCCUCUGGGUGCCACACCCCCGCGGGGGACAGGCUUGGGUCGGAGUCUCCGCGGACCCAGGCCUCAGUUGACCACUGGCCCUCGACUUCCCUCACUGCCUGGUCUGGCCCUGUCCAUUUCCUGCACCCGUUACCCACCAGUCUGGGCCUCUCUAAGCGCCCAAUCUCUGGGCCCGGGAGAGUGGGGAGGAGGAGGACAGCAAGCUCCCAGGAACAGUCUGCUGACCUCCAAGCCUUCACCUCCCGAGAACUCAACUGUCCGCACUGAAGAGGGUCCUGCAGAGCCUGCGGCAGGACAGCAUUCAGCUGGGGGCCGCCCCGACGCGCCCUGCCCACCCAGCCCAGACUCCUCCCCGCUGACAUCAGAGAGCGGCGCAGAGCCUGGAGUCCCGAGCAGGAGGAGGCGGAGGAGGAGGCGGCGGCGGCGGCAGUCCCCCCAGCAGCUCGGCCUCGCUCAGCCCUGCGAGGGCACUGCAGGAGCCCUGGCUGUGGCCAGGGAGCAGUGGGCCAUGCUGGGGGCCGUGGAAGGCCCCAGCUGGAAGCAGGCAGAGGACAUUAGGGACAUUUAUGACUUCCGAGAUGUUCUGGGCACGGGGGCCUUCUCAGAGGUUAUCCUGGCAGAAGAUAAGAGGACUCAGAAGCUUGUGGCCAUCAAAUGCAUUGCCAAGAAGGCCUUGGAGGGCAAAGAAGGCAGCAUGGAGAAUGAGAUCGCUGUCCUACACAAGAUCAAGCACCCCAACAUUGUAGCCCUGGAUGACAUCUAUGAGAGUGGCUGCCACCUCUACCUUAUCAUGCAGCUGGUGUCAGGUGGGGAGCUGUUCGACCGCAUUGUGGAAAAAGGCUUCUACACAGAGCGGGAUGCCAGCCGCCUCAUCUUCCAGGUGCUGGACGCUGUCAAGUACCUGCAUGACCUGGGCAUCGUACACAGGGAUCUCAAGCCAGAGAAUCUGCUUUACUACAGCCUGGAUGAAGACUCAAAGAUCAUGAUUUCUGACUUUGGCCUCUCUAAGAUGGAAGAUCCAAGCAGUGUGCUCUCCACAGCCUGUGGGACCCCAGGUUACGUGGCCCCUGAGGUCCUGGCUCAGAAACCCUACAGCAAGGCUGUGGACUGCUGGUCCAUUGGGGUCAUUGCCUACAUCCUGCUCUGCGGUUACCCCCCCUUCUAUGACGAGAAUGAUGCCAAACUCUUUGAACAGAUUUUGAAGGCCGAGUACGAGUUUGACUCUCCUUACUGGGACGACAUCUCUGACUCUGCCAAAGAUUUCAUCCGGCACUUGAUGGAGAAGGAUCCAGAGAAGAGGUUCACCUGUGAGCAGGCCUUGCAGCACCCAUGGAUAGCAGGAGAUACGGCUCUCGAUAAGAACAUCCACCAGUCCGUGAGUGAACAAAUCAAGAAGAACUUUGCCAAGAGCAAGUGGAAGCAAGCCUUCAAUGCCACAGCUGUGGUGCGGCACAUGCGGAAGCUGCAGCUGGGCACCAGCCAGGAGGGGCAGGGGCAGCCAGUGAGCCCCGGGGAGCUGCUGACGCCCACAGCUGGGGGGCCGGUGGCUGGCUACUGCUGUCGAGACUGCUGUGUGGAGCCAGGCCCAGAGCUGUUGCCCACGCUACCACCCCAGCUCUAGGCCCUGGUCUAGUGUCAGGGUUUCCUUCCUGGGGGAGGCUUGGGGGCAGCUUGCUCCCUUCCCAUCCCUCCUUGAACUGGGGAGCUACCCUGGCCCAUACCCACCCACCCCCAACUCCUCACCGCAUUUUCCAUACAAAUGUUUCUAUUUUAUUGUCCCUUCUUGUAAUAAAGAGAAGAUAAAACCACA